AAAAUAGAAAGCGCGCUUCUCCAAAAUUGUUACCGCAUAUUUAGUUCCCUCUUCACCUUCUAAAUUCAUAUGUCUAUUCACUGUUCACACCAAGGAAUAUUGAUCAUCAUCAAUUUUGUUCUCACCAUGGAAGUAACAAACAACUCCAUAUUGAUCAUCGAUUUUCGUUCUCACCAAGGAAUAUUGAUCAUCAUCGAUCAUCGAUUUAUUGGGUAUUCUUCAUCAUCAUCAAUUUCGUUUUCGCCACAUUCGUGUAUUUAGGAUAAAAGAUGGGGUACAAUCAAUAUGAUAAACCUAACCCAGAUUGUGUUCAUUUGAUGGUACAUUUUGAUGGAGAAGCUAGCAAGCCGAUUUUGAAUGUUGACCCUGACCGAUACUCUUACUUUGAUUUGGUUGACGACGUUAACGAGUUGGCUACAGAUGUUGGGUGCAAGGAUUCAAGUUUGUCGGUAAGCCUUUGUUUUUUUCAUCCUGGUAGUCAAGGCAAAAUCCCCAUUAAAACUGAUUCAGAUGUUCUUGACAUUUUUAAGCUAAAUAAUAUGCGUAGUUGUAUCCAUGUGUAUGCUGCAUUAUUAAUGUUAAAUAUGCUUGGAUCUCAACCCCAAAAGCUAGCUCAAAGGGUGAGGUUGCCCUCACAUAUUUAUACACUUCACAUCCCGGGAACCUAAGCAAUGUGGGACUUCAAACAAUCUCCAACAACACAACAACAUAUUCAACACCCACCCUCACGCCUAGCGUGGUCCCUCACGCCUAGCGUGGUCCCUCACGCCUAGCGUGGUCCUGGGUCAAAUGCCCACAUUGCAGUCUUUAACCCGAUUCUGAUACCAUGUUAAAUAUGUUUGGAUCUCAUCCCCAAAUUAAAUCAUCAUCAUGAAGAAACUGAAGUUCCUAGGCAGAUUGUUGAUACAAUAAUUAGUGACUCUGAUAUUGAGUGGGAUGGUGAUGAACUUGAACAAAAUGAAAGUGAAGAAACUAAUUCAAGUUCUAGUGACAUAAAUGAAGAAUGGAAAAAUGAAAUCAAUAUUGAUGAGCUUAGUGAUUACGAAGAAAAACAUGAUGUUAUUGUUACUGAUCAGAAUUCAGAUGAAGAUAAGGUGCCGAUUUAUGUUGAUAGAGGUAUGAAAGGAAGGAUAUUCGAACCUCUUUGUGAUGGAAAAGUUGAAUUAGAAGCAGGUUUAUUGUUUGUUGAUGUGAAUGAGUUUAGAACAUCCCUUAGAGAUUUUGUUAUACAAGAGGGAUUUGAGAUUAAGAGGAUUAAAAAUGAAAAGGCAAGGGUAACCGCUAUAUGUGUUGCAGAUGGUUGUAGUUGGCGCAUCCAUGCCUCUCCUACACCGGAUGGAAAAACAUAUAAGAUUAAGACAUACAACCCUACUCAUUCUUGCAUAUGAACGUCAAAGAAUUCAAAUGCUACAUCUACUUGGAUUGCAAAGAAGUUAGAAAGCAAGAUAAAAGCUGACCCUGAUAUAAGUUAUGCAAUUAUGAAACAAGAAUUGUUGGAUAGCUAUGGAAUAGAACCAAGUAAUGUAGCUCAACUUUAUCGUGCAAGAAAAAGGGUCAGACAAGACACCAAAGGGGUUCAUGCACCUUCAUAUAAUGACUUGCCAGUUUGGGCCAAUCUUGCUUUGGAGAUAAAUCCUGGUUCUAUAAUAAAACUACAAUUGGAACCCAAAAUCAACAACAAUCCAGAGUUUAAAAGAUUUUUUGUUUGCCUAAAUGCAAUGAAAAGUGGUUUUGUGAGAGGUUGCAGGCCUUGGUUUGGCAUUGAUGGGUGUCAUUUAAAAGGACCAUACGGGGGGGGGGGGUUACUAUCAGCUGUGGCAGUUGAUGGAAACAAUGGCGUGUUUCCAAUUACAUUCGCUGUUGUGGAAGUUGAGUGCAAAGACUCAUGAAAGUUUUUUUUGUCCUUAUUGGGUGAUGCUCUGAGAUCUGUUCUCGAAUGGCAAGAUAAGCAUGUGACAAUCAUGUCUGAUAUGCAAAAGGGAUUGCGAAAUGCAGUUGUAGAAACUUUUCCGUAUGCCAAACACUGGUAUUGUUGUAAUCAUCUGUUAAACAAUUUCAAACUCAAUUUCAAAACAUUGCUUCUUAGUACACAAUUUUGGGCCGUUGCAAUGGCAUAUAAUGAGUUUUUGUUUGACAAAGCCAUGGACAAACUCACGAAAGUUAGUAAUGAGGCUGUAAAUUGGUUGCUAGAUCCGGAAAGGCCUAAAAGCAUGUGUGCAAGACAUACUAUUGACUCUGAGUGCAAAUCUGAUCAUGUAACAAAUAAUGUUUCAGAGUCCUUUAAUAGUUGGUUGAGUGAUGACAGAAAAAAGACAAUUUUGUCAAUGAUUGAGUCAAUUACUUGUAGGUUGAUGGCUAGAUUUCAAACAAGGUUUGAAAAAGCAUGUGAUUUUGAGAACAUUAUCACACCUAAGAUUAGAAAGGAGCUUGAUACUAAAAUGCAAGAUGGAAGAAUGUGUAAACUCACAUAUGCAGGUGAUGAUGAGUUUCAAGUGAAAGAUGGUUAUACCACCUUUGUGGUGAACUUGAGAUUUAGAACAUGUGGUUGUGAUUAUUGGAGGGUGUCUGGUUUGCCUUGCAAACAUGCAUGUGCAUGUAUUGCAUACAAGAGAGAAAAUGUAGAACUAUUUGCUGAUAAUGUGUAUACUACUAAAGUUUAUUGCUUAUGUUAUAAUGAGAUUAUACAUCCCAUGCCUGAGUUAGACACAAAAAAUAGAGGCAGCUAUGGGAAUAUUGAUCCUCCUGUAUUGAGGAGACUUCCAGGUCGACCAAGAAUUAAUCGAAAGAGAAGUGUGAUCGAAGGUCCAGGUGAUCCUCAGGAUGCAAGAAGAUCAAACACAGUUAGAUGUGGAAAUUGUAAGAAUUUGGGCACAACAUAUUGGGCUGUCAAAGAGAUAAAACUCAAAAACAGAAAAAAUUGAAGGUUCGACGUAAAAAAAAUAGUAGCGUUGCCAAUGCAAACAUGCAAAAGGCGACAAUGGAAAGUCAUCAUGGAGCUGCAAGUCAAGAUCACUCGGGAAAUAGCCAAGUUACUCAUGAGAAUGCUGACUAACACUCGUGAACAAGAAGACAAUCUUGCUGUAAACUUUUUUGAAGAUAUGAUGUAGAUGACUUUGGGGAUAUAUUUUGAUGGAUAUUUUGAUUUUAGAGAUAUUUUGAAGAUAUGCAUAUGAUUUUGGAGAUAUUUUGAUGGAUAUUCACUUUUUUUUUGGGAAUAUGAUGUAUAACUGUUUGAUAGUUAAAAUUCUGAUAUAUUUUUAUGACAAAUUUGAGUUUAUCAGU